CCUCCCGGCUGAGGCGCGGGCGGCUCCCGCUAUGGCUGCGCUGCGGAGGCUCCUGUGGCCACCGCCUCGGCUGUCCGCUCCCCAGCCCUUCCUUGGGCCGUGGGGGCGGCCUGCGGGGACAGCCCCGGCCCUACCUGGGAGGCCCUUCUGCUGCCGAGAGGAUGACGAGGGGGCUGUGGCCGAGGCGGCUUGGAGGCGGCGGCGGCGCUGGGGCGAGCUGAGCAUCGCGGCGGCGGCCGGCGGGGGUCUCGUCGGCCUCUUGUGCUACCAGCUGUACGGGGAGCCCAGGACCGAGCCACCUGCGCCCGGACGUCCCUCCGAGAGCGCGGCCGCAGAGCCCGAGGACCCACCCCGCGGCCGGGGGCUGCUGCCCAUCCCGGUCGCCGCUGCCAAGGAGACGGCUGCUGUUGGCAGGACAGACAUGGAAGACUUAGACCUCUACGCUACAUCUCGGGAGAGGCGAUUUCGUUUAUUUGCGUCUAUAGAAUGUGAAGGGCAGUUAUUCAUGACUCCGUAUGAUUUUAUUUUGGCUGUUACAACAGAUGAGCCCAAGUUUGCUAAAACAUGGAAGUCACUUUCCAAACAGGAAUUGAAUCAGAUGCUCUCAGAAACACCACCAGUUUGGAAAGGAUCAUCAAAGCUAUUUCGAAAUCUUAAAGAAAGAGGUGUGAUUUCUUACACAGAAUAUCUUUUUCUUUUAUGUAUUUUAACAAAACCACAUGCAGGGUUUAGGAUAGCUUUCAACAUGUUUGACACUGAUGGCAAUGAGAUGGUGGAUAAGAAAGAGUUCUUGGUGCUUCAGGAGAUAUUCAGGAAAAAAAAUGAGAAGAGAGAAACGAAAGGAGAUGAAGAAAAGCGAGCUUUGCUGCGUCUUCAACUUUAUGGAUACCAUUCUCCUACUAAUAGUGUACUUAAAACAGAUGCUGAGGAACUUGUCUCCAGAAGCUACUGGGACACACUGCGGCGCAACACCAGCCAGGCGCUCUUCUCAGACCUCGCAGAGCGUGCUGAUGACAUCACAAGUUUAGUAACUGAUACUACACUUCUUGUACACUUUUUUGGAAAGAAAGGAAAAGCUGAGCUCAACUUUGAAGAUUUUUAUAAAUUCAUGGAUAACCUGCAAACAGAAGUUCUAGAAAUAGAAUUUCUUUCUUACUCUAAUGGAAUGAACACCAUCAGUGAAGAAGAUUUUGCGCAUAUUCUUUUACGAUAUACAAAUGUGGAAAAUACAUCAGUAUUUUUGGAAAAUGUGCGCUACAGUAUACCUGAAGAAAAGGGCAUCACAUUUGAUGAAUUCAGGUCAUUUUUCCAGUUUUUGAACAACCUAGAAGACUUUGCAAUAGCCCUGAACAUGUAUAACUUUGCAAGUCGUUCUAUAGGACAAGAUGAAUUUAAACGUGCCGUCUAUGUAGCUACGGGACUCAAACUUUCACCACAUUUAGUGAACACUGUCUUCAAGAUUUUUGAUGUUGACAAAGAUGAUCAAUUAAGUUAUAAGGAAUUUAUUGGAAUUAUGAAAGACAGACUCCAUAGAGGAUUCCGGGGUUACAAAACAGUCCAGAAGUAUCCAACUUUCAAAUCCUGCCUGAAGAAAGAACUUCAUAGCAGAUAAAUACUCCUAAAGCAAAGUUUAAAGGAUUACUAUCUGUGUGACAAAUCCAAGAAGUAAGAAUUUCAGAGAGUGGAAGCAGUUCUGAGAGCAGAACAAGUAGAAAAUGAAGGAAAAGGUGAAAUGCAAUGAAAUUUAUAUUUUUUUCUUGAACUGAAUUCUUACACAUGAAACAGAUAAAAAUGCAUCUUCUUGCUGCAUAAUAAUCAGAUUGAGCUUUUCUUUUGAUUUACUGAACUUUCUGCACUUUUGCAUUCCCUUCAGAAGUAUAGAGAUACUUCCAGUGAGUAUGUAAGAAUGUAUUUAAAAUAUUUUUUGUUUAUUUAUUAGUAAUUUGCCUCAUUUCAAAAUUAAUUUAUGACUCAUGGAAUGUAGAUCACAUUUUCUUUGGUUUUGAACUGUGAACUUACAUUCAGAGAAUGAAUCCUGCUUAAGAUUUCCUUGGGCCCUUAGGAUUGUUAGCAAAUCUGUUCUUCACAGGUUUUUAAUUGCAUAGAAAUAAUUUUGAAAAAAAAAAAGGAAAUUAAGCUACUAUAUAAUGUGAUG